AACAAAUUAGUUCUUCCUCGAAAAUUUAAAAAUUAUUUUAAAAAAAGAGGGAAUAAAAAAGGGAAGAGGGAGGGAGAAGAGAAGUUUCGGUUUUUUCCAAUUAAAGACAAGGUUUGUUCCCUGUGAAGUUUCGAGAUUCCCUGUGUCUUUGAAUUCGGUUUUGAAUCUUUCCUGUGAGGAGGAGGAGGAGGAGGUGUUUCAGCCAUGGCGGGUUCGCAGGACAAGAUGGAGAAGAUGCAGCUCCGUCAGAGCUACCGGAACGUUUGGCACUCCGAUCUCAUGGGCACCGUCACCGCCGAUACUCCCUAUUGUUGCUUCGCGUGUUUGUGUGGACCGUGUGUUUCAUACUUGCUUCGGAGGAGAGCCCUCUACAAUGACAUGUCAAGGUACACUUGCUGUGGUGGAUAUAUGCCUUGUAGUGGUCGAUGUGGAGAAAGCAAAUGCCCUGAACUUUGUCUUGCCACCGAGGUUUUCCUAUGCUUUGGGAACUCUGUGGCUUCUACCCGCUUCAUGCUACAGGAUGAAUUUAACAUCCAGACAACGCAAUGUGACAAUUGCAUAAUUGGUUUUAUGUUCUGCCUCAACCAAAUUGCUUGCAUUUUCUCUCUAGUCGCUUGCAUUGUGGGAAGUGAUGAACUUUCAGAGGCAUCUCAACUGCUGUCUUGCUUGGCCGAUAUGGUUUACUGCACGGUUUGUGCAUGUAUGCAGACACAACACAAGAUCGAGAUGGAUAAACGAGAUGGAGUGUUCGGUCCUCAACCAAUGGCAGUGCCACCAGCUCAGCAGAUGUCCCGUAUCGAUCAACCCAUCCCUCCACCAGUCGGGUACCCUCCCGCCCCGGGAUACACUCAGCCUUACUAUCCCCAUCCAGCACAAGGAUACCCUGCCGCUGCUCCGGGCUACCCUCCUCAAUACCCUCCUCCUUACCCUCCUCCUGGUUAUCCCCCAAAGUAAGAUAUGCUUAAACCGGUAUAUCUUCGCUUCUGUCUGUGCAAGUAUAUUAUGAUUGUUACCCGGUUAAGCUCUGCAGAACGGUUACACCCGUUGGUUUGUCUCCUUAUCUAAUGAUUGAUAUCGAACCAAAAUUGAUGGAAACCAAAUGAAUGUGUCCUCUAUGCAUUUUCUUAAUGUAUCUAUGUGUGGAUUAUGUGGUUCAGAUAUUGUUCUCGGUUUUUAGUUUUCUUUGCAAUCA